CACUCCAAUACCCAAAGAUAUUUACAUUUUUUAUAAAGUGUUGCAAAGAAAAGCAUCAAGCAUUCCUCAUAUUUUAGAAGAUGGGCACAGCAAGCAAAGACCAACGAGAUGUCAUUUUUAUUCGACUGGAUCUACAGGGGGUUUAGUAGUGUUUUACAGUUCUUAGGUCUUUACAAAAAGAAUGGGAAGCUGGUUUUCCUGGGCCUGGACAAUGCUGGUAAAACAACACUGCUGCACAUGUUGAAAGAUGACCGACUUGGCCAACACGUACCCACACUGCAUCCAACUUCUGAGGAGCUGACAAUCGAUGGCAUGACAUUUACUACAUUUGAUCUGGGGGGACACGUACAAGCUCGAAGAGUUUGGAAGAACUACCUGCCGGCUGUCAAUGGAGUUGUCUUUCUUGUAGACUGUGCAGAUCACGAUAGACUCACAGAAUCCAAGGCUGAACUCGAUGCUCUCCUAGGAGAUGAAACCAUAGUCAACGUGCCGGUGUUGGUGUUGGGCAAUAAAAUUGACCGUCCUGAAGCCAUCAGUGAAGGAGGACUGCGAGGAGCUUUUGCUCUUGAUGGUCAAGUUACAGGAAAGGGGAAUGUCUCUUUGAAGGAGCUGAAUGUACGACCACUGGAGAUUUUCAUGUGCAGCGUGUUGAAAAAACAAGGCUAUGGGGAAGGUUUCAGAUGGUUAUCACAGUACAUCGACUGACAUGCAGGACUGAAGCUUAACCAGAAGGGAUUUCCUUGACACGUUUUCAUGAAACGUGACAAAGAAUUUGUCUCUUUGCCAGUGUCAAGCAGCCCAAAUCGCAAAUCAUAUUAUUAAUGCAUAUUCUUUUUAAUCCUUAAAGCAUGUAUUCAGGGUUUAAAGAUUUCUAUGCAAACUUUUAAAGGUGGUUCAUGGUGAACUGUCCUACAUGUGGUAACUGAGGUGUCCAACUGCAUGGCAUGUUAAUAAGAUUACAUCAUAGCUGAUUACAAUACAUGUGCAGCCAUACAUUGUUCAAGAAUGUAGAUAUGUAGACAUCAGUGUUGCAUUAUUUAUUUUUUAGUAGACCAACUGCUUGAUGGUCGGGUUUAUAUUUUAAAACAAUUAAUUAGACAAAUGACUAAAUACAGAAGAUUAAUUUUAGUUCAUUUAAUCUAAUGAUACGCAGCCACCGCCUUUAAAGUAUAUAGUCAGAGAUGUAUGCUAAUGACUUUGGGAUUAGCAGGGAGAGAGAUUGAACUUCAAAACAAGAUAUCUUCCAGGCCAAGUACUGAGCCAAAAUAACGUCAAAUCCCCUUUAGAACCCAAAACGGAGAAAAAACAGCACAUCCCAUAAAUAAAGGCAAAGAUGAUUAAGUAAACUGAGUCAAACUGAAAAGCUCGCUGAUGAGUGUGUUCUGAUUAAUGUGCUGCUCACUUUUAGUGUUUUGAUGGCAUUGGCCUUUUAAAUUUUUUGCUCUGACAUUUACAUCUUUUCCGGUAUGUGUUGACCCAACUUGAUGUUACAUUUUGUGUUGAAGGCAGCAAAGUUGAAGUGUGCUAGUUGGACUGAAAGAAGAUUUCAUUAUUUUUGACUUUGGGAUGUUCAUACAGAAUUGAUAUGACUUUCAGUGGCUGCCCUUCCUUUAUUAUAUCAUGGAGGCAUUAGUAAUUGCGGUUGCAUUGCCCUUGAAAUGUCAGGAACCAAUAAAGAAGAAUGCCCAACUGUACUGUAGCAGAGACAGUCUUACUCGACUGCAUUUGAGAGUAGCAAAGAUUAUACAUAGUCUUUUGAAAUCUCUUCAUCUUUUCAAAAAGUAUCUACUAGUACUGCAUAAAAUGCAGUGUCUCAUAUCUCUGUGUAGUAUUGUUUGCAAUCUUAUUCAGAUCAAGCAUGGAUUAAAGUCCAGUUUGAAGCAGCAAUAUUUUAAAUAAGAAACUAAACCGAGUGGAUAAUUUAUUUUGUUUUUAUUUAUACCUGUAUUCUAGAGCCUGAGCAAUAUAUAUCAUGUAAUCAGCAUUAACAAGGUUGAAAUGCUGCAGGUAAUGUACUUUUUGACUAUCUGAAAAGAUAUGAGAGUGCACUUGCAAACAUUAAUAUGCUAACCUGUAAAUGAAUAUUCUAAUCUUAUUCUGGCUACUUCAACAUUUUUGUUUUUUGAGUCUGUGGGUGUAAACAUGCAACAUUUUCAAUAACAUUUUGAAUAUUCCCUUCUUCUCCUUUGAACAGUGUUCUGUACCAGUCACUGAACUCCUGUAAAUUAUGUAUUAUACACAUGUAAAUGUUUGUACAGUAAAUGCCCUUUAGCUGACACCAGAGAGUACUGUAGUUAUAUAUAACAAUCUAGAACUUGAAUAUAUAUAUUGAAUAUUUUAAUCAAUUACAGUAUCUGUGCAAAUAGUUUUAACUUGAAUGACAACAUGCAGAUAUAAAGAUUCGUGUGUUGGUCCCUGUGAUGAGCUG